AUGGGACGAAUCGUAUACGCGGAGGAACGUCUUCAUAAUUAUUUGACGUCACUGGCGAAACCAGAUGAAUAUACGAUAGGACUAAUUGUGGGACAGGUUCGAGUUUUGUAUGUUCCAAUUCACGUCAUCUUUCCUUGUAUUCAUUCGUUCUAACAUAUGUAAUUCUUGACGCGCCCAGGGAAAUUAUUUCAAUGAAUGAAAAUCAUAAAUUUCUAGAUAGAAUCUCUGUCGUGAUACACGCAAUUUAAUUUAAUUUAUACUCUUUUUGGAAUUGUUGCGUUAGACGAAAGGUUAGGAUGUUCUGAUUAUCAAUGUUUUAGCGAUGUGUCAUCUAAUUGUGUCAUCUAAUUUGAAUUGUAUUGUAAUUAACAUUGCAGAGUGUCGGUCAAAAAGACUAUAUCGUGCAUUUAGCAAAAACACCACCACCUCUUGGCAAAAAUGUGGUGGAGGAGACAUUGCUUAGCUCUACAACAGAAGCUGAACAAAAUACCACUGCCGAAAAUCAUAUUAGAGCAGUAAAAGAUAUACCUGAGAGCUGGGUUGCAGAUCACGCUAAACAUGUCACUAGAAUGUUGCCUGGUGGAAUGCGUGUUCUCGGAACAUUCAUUGUUGCUCCGGAAGAUGUUACAAAUAAUAAUAGCAAUGUUCAAAAGUUGAGAUCUGUUCUUGCAACAAUGCAAAAGAAUUUGUCAUAUAAUAAAUACUUAUGUGGAGAUAAUAAUGAAGAGCAUCUUAUUUUAAAUUUAAAUAGUGUUACACAAAAAUACACUUGUAAAUCUGUAGAAAUCCAUACGAACGGAAUAUUAAAACCAGCAGACUGGAAAUUUCAAACUAAAGCAACCAAAUGGCAUCAACUUGAAGCCCUUGUAGAUUUCGAUCGUCUGUUUCUGAUUGCUGCUGAUAAAGACCCAGAAACUCUUAAAAAACAAUUGCAAGAUAUUUUGAAGAGUGUAUCGGAUAUUAUUGAAUCUUCCCUUAUUGUUAUUGAAGGAGAAGUUCGAUCUCCGGAUGAGACAUUAGAAUUAAUUAGUAAAAGCAAGAAAGAUGAAAAGAAUUCUAAAAAUAAUGAAAAAAACAAUAAUGACCAGUCCAUUCAAAUUAACUUAUACAUUCCGUGUGAGGAGAAGAAUAUAAACUCGGAUGUAAAAAUAACACCGUGCAGUGCAUCUAUACGUUUAGUUGGACAAUUAGUAAGUAGAACUUUCGUUCAUCAAAAAGCAAAUGUUGAAGAAGCUAAUAUCGCAAUAAAGCAAGACAUAAUAAGGUCAUUAGCAAGUAGAUUAGAAAUGCAUUGGGAUAGUUUAAUUGAAGAAGAAAAUGGAUCUCCAGAAGAAAAUAUAACGUUACACGAACCUCCAAGAAGAGUAUUAAUAGCGUUACCAGAAAGUAAAGUAACAUUGUCAGAUUAUCUAUUUCCUGGUGAAGGACCUCAAGAAGCUCUUUUAUCAUUGCAAGAGCUUUUAGACUUAGAGGUUCAAGAAAAUAAUGUUCAGAAAGACAUUGAACUUGAAGCUGAUCCUUCAGAAUUUUAUUCUCAAAAUAAAAUUGAUGUGAAAACUAUUGAUCUUAAUAUAGAUUCAUCUGGAAAUCAUCAAACAAAAAUAUAUAUUGCAAGUUUCAGUGUUGCAAUUUUAAUUGUGAUUCUUGCUAUUAUAAUACAAAAGCUUUAUUAAUGUUUAUACGUAAAAAAAAACGAAUGUAUAUUUUAUUAUAAUAUGUAAAGUAUAAAAUCUGUACAUUUUAGCACAAGUCAGCAAGAUUUAGGAGCGCGCAGCGCACGAAAGAUGACGAUAAUAAUUAA